CUCUUGUAAAGUGUGUGCACUAGCAGAGUCAGCUAGCCUGAAGUUACACAACCAAGUUGGAAUCAUGGAAGAAGAGGCUCAUAAUAUACAGAGCAUUGACACGGACUCAGACUCAGCAGAUAAAAAGGAUGGCAAUUGUCAUAUGAAAUGGACUCAGGAAGAGGAUGAAAAUCUCAAAAUCCUGAUCAACAACUUUGGGAGGAAAGAUUGGAAAACUAUAUCCAGUUUUUUACCAGGGCGGACAGAAGUACAGUGUAUGCAACGCUGGAAGAAGUACCUGCAUCCUGAUAUAGUAAAAGGCUACUGGUCCAAAGAGGAAGAUGACAAGAUAAUAGAGCUGGUGGGCAAGUUUGGCACCAGACACUGGACUUUGAUUUCCAGGCAGCUGAAGGGACGGCUGGGGAAACAGUGUCGUGAGCGCUGGCACAACCACCUCGACCCACUGAUCAAUAAGAGCUCCUGGACCAGUGAAGAAGACCUCAUUAUUUACAAAGCUCAUUCCAUUCUGGGAAACCGGUGGGCUGAGAUUGCCAGGCUGCUCCCUGGGAGGACAGACAACAGUAUUAAGAACCACUGGAACGCCACUAUCAAACGUAAAGCAGAGUUAGGUUUGUUCAAAGAAGAAGCUGACUCCAUUACCCUCGAUAUUCAGCAGUAUGUGGAAGGAGAGGUGGACUUCAAGUGUGAUGUUGUGUUAGAUGCUGAACCAGUAACACCUGAAGUGCUGCCGCUCAGCCCCGACAAAGACAAAAAGAAGAGGGAGCCUCGGAAAGUCAAGCAGAAGAUGGUCACCCGGCCUGUACAGCCUUUGGUCCCCUCCUUGCCCCCCAGUUCAAGUUCCAGUCCCAGCUCCAGCUCUGGUGCUGUGCCAGCAGCCUCUUCAGUGGAUCAGAAAAGGUUUGCAGAUGCAGCACUGAGGAUGAUCGCUGAGGACAUGAUGCCACUCAGCUUUGUUGAAGGAGCAGGCUUCAGGUCAUUCAUGAGUACCAUCAGCCCUGAGUACAGCAAGCUGUCCCAGCGUACCAUAGGCCUUCAGCUUUAUGAUGAAGUGGAGAGAACCAUCAAGCCUCAGCUCAUCCGUGACCUCAAAACAUGCCUCGCCUCAACUACAGAUGGUGAGAAGGUGAUUCAUGCCACCCUUGACCUCUGGGCUGGUGAUCAGUCUAAUCCAGUUGAGGAGGCCAUUGUCAUCGUGCAGCUCCAUUACAUCAGCGAUUCCUGGCAGAUCCGCCGUCCGGUCGUGGCCUUCCGUCACCUCAGCCACAAAAAUCUGAGCUCAGCAGUGGCCAGAGAGCUUGAAGGUGUGCUGCUGAGCUACGGCAUCUUUCCUCGCAGCAUUGGAUACGUCCUCCAGAACCAGGCCAAAGAAGCCCUCGCUGCAAACAGCUUGUUCUGCAACUACAAAAUCAUGUGCUCAUCUAACAGGGGAGAACCAGAUGGAGAUGACAUAGUGUCAUUUCUGGCAGACCGGAUGUCCGAAACGGAGUCCCCCUUUUCAGAACUGCAAAUUGGGACCAGGACCACCUGUGUAGCCAAAACACUGCAGCUAGUGAUCAAGGAGGCACUUAAGAACUCUAGGGUAGUGGAGAACCUGCUCUCACAAGUCCACAAUGUGGUGGCUUUCUUCAGGAGCAGCGCCUACUGGAGCGAGGCACUGUUGAAGGAGUGCAGCGUGUCCCUGUGCCCAUCCUCCAUUAACUGCCGCUGGAACUCCAUGAUGUUGUCUCUGCGUCGUAUGGUGCAGGGGUCUACCUGGAGCGCCAUCAUGGCUCUCCUGGCCCAGGCUCGCAUAGAGGCUAAUGACACAGCCAGCACCCCGCCUCUGCUCAUGGUCAAGAGGGAGCAAGUGAUUGACAUCCUGGGUCUCCUUGAGCCCUUUCAGGAGGCCUUGCAGGCCUUACAAGGGAACGGUGUGACCCUCUCAUCCAUCAUACCUUUGCUCCUUGGCCUGGAUAAGACUUUGGAGAGCUGUGUAACCAACUACACACACUUCAGCAAGGGCCUGCGCACAGGCCUCCACACUCACUUCCAGACCCUGGUUCACCAGAAAGACCUGAUACUAGCUUCUGUACUUGACCCCAGGAUCAAAAUGAAGCCGUUUUGUGAUUCCAUAUUGGAGGAUGAGGUAGCUUCCCUAAUGGCUCCAUCAAAGGAUCAGGCUCGCACCAUCGUGGAAACCACAUUGGGUGUCACAGGAGCAUCAGCCUCUUCCCCUGUGAAGUCUGAUGACAACCAGAAAAGCAAGGCAGUGGAAAAGGAAGGUGAACAGGAUAGCCAAGCCAACACACUGAUGGAGGCAUCUGGUGGCAGCUCGGAUGACAAAAACUGCAACGGAGUCAACGGGAAUGACCUCAAGCGCAAAUCCACCUCCAGCUUCCUCAAACUGUACUCAAAAACUUUUAGGUCAGAGCUUGAUGUGUACCUGUCAGAACCACUGUGGGAAAACAACAACAGUUUGCUGUACUGGAAAUCUGCUAUUCGCUUUCCCAAACUUCAGGAACUCGCCAAAAAGCUGCUGGCAGCACCGGCCACCUCGGGCGGCUUCGACCGACUUUGUCCGAUGGCAGCUUGUAUUGUAAGAGCCAAAAGGAACCGUCUGCCACCACACAUCACAGAGAGACUGCUUCUAUACAAAAACUCUUUAAAGACAAAGACAGUUAAAAAGCCCAGUGGGGUCACUAAGCAGCGAUAAGUCAAGUAUCAGUAGUGUCUGCUUAUACUUUGUACUAUACCCCACUUCUCCACGCUUUACAUUAAACAGAAACUCUGCACAAAUUAUAUUUAAACAUAUUUAGAAUAAUGAAGGCAGUGAAAUGCAAAAUACAUCAUCACAGAGCUGCUGUCACUCCUCAGUGGUAAGAGGGUUCAGCCAACUGCAAGAGUUCAGAGUGAAAGACAGCUUCUCUUUACACAGAAAGCUGGACCACAUUCCCUAAACAAUGCAUUAUAAAGAUAUAAGUUAUAUUUGAGCACAAUUCAGCACUGUAAAAUGUAAUCCUAAGUGUCAAUACCUCAGUGUAAAAGAUGUUACGGUCAAUCAUUUAUCAAUAUAAACUACAGAGAAUGGAGAGUUAUUGAUGGACUGUUUUUGCAGGUAAAUUGCAGUGUCAGUGUAUGGUCAGUAGUGGCAGAAAUUGCACUGU